CGCAUUUAUGUAAUUUCCGUGUACGAGCUAGUAUGAAAGGGGGAGCCUCGAGGAAAAUGUAUUGCCUGUCCGCAGCUUGACAUGUCAUGGGUUGUUCUCUAUCUGGUCUCCUCUGUUGAUUUGCUACGGGUACUCCUAGCUCAAGAGGAAAUAACGAUACAGCAACGCGAAGAAAGCAAGUUUCUUUGUAACUUUCCUACCGCAAGACACUAUGGCUCAACUCCCCACUGUCCAGCAACUCUAUAAAGUCAAAUUAUUGAAAAAGACGUUUCAGGAGGCAUGGAAUGGAUCGUUCCCGAACAGUAAGACUUGUCGCGAAGUUGGAGGAUACAUCUAUGUCGGUCAGGACGGAUUCAUUUGGAAUACCUUGGAAUGAAAGUUGACACCCUCCUCGAGAUCCCGACUCCAUCG